AUUGGCUCAAAGGAGCCGUCCGGCCACUGAGGAUAAUCAUCCGAGCACAGGACCUCUCCUCUACCCGGCACUUUUACACCGAACAGGACCGCACGUUUCCAGCCGAACAGACGAAGAACUCUCGAAAACGAAACUGUCUUCUUAAACGCUACUGAAAUCUAACAGAUUCUGCUGCCAUGUCUAUGAACGUCAACAUCAACAGCCCCAAUGUGAAGUACACAGACUCCCACAUUGAGGCUAAAUAUUCCUACCAGACCACAUCAGUGCACAGAGAUGGGAACAAAGUCACGGUGACCCCGCACACCACUGAGAUGACAUUUCGUACUGAGCGGCAGGUGCCCCAGCUGGGUGUGAUGCUGGUGGGUUGGGGAGGCAACAAUGGGACCACAGUCACAGCAGCUGUACUGGCCAACAAGCUGGGCCUCACCUGGAGGACCAAGACUGGAGAGAAGAAAGCAAACUACUACGGCUCCCUCCUGCAGGCGUCUACUGUUUGCAUCGGAUCGGGGCUCGAGGGCGAAGUCAAUGUGCCCUUCCGUGACCUCCUGCCCAUGGUGCACCCUAAUGAUAUUGUCUUUGACGGUUGGGAUAUCUCCGCAAAGGAUCUGGGUGGCGCUAUGGAGCGAGCUGAGGUGCUUGACUGGUCUUUACAAGAGCAGCUGCGACCGUACAUGAGCUGCCUGAAACCCAGACCGUCCAUCUAUAUCCCAGAAUUCAUCGCUGCAAACCAGGAGAGUCGGGCAGACAAUGUCCUCACUGGGACAAUGGUAGAGCAGGUGGAACAGAUCAGAGCUGACAUAAGGGAUUUCCGUCAGUCCAGCGGUGUGGACAAAGUCAUCGUUUUGUGGACGGCCAACACAGAGCGCUUCUGCGAUAUCGUACCAGGAGUCAACGACACUGCCAAGAACCUGCUGGCUGCAAUCCAGGCUGGAGCAGAAGUUUCUCCCUCCACGCUGUUCGCUGUGGCCAGUAUACUGGAGGGCUGCGCCUACAUCAACGGCUCCCCACAGAACACUUUUGUCCCGGGUGCUGUCGAGCUGGCCGUGCAGAGAGGCGUGUUCAUCGGCGGCGACGACUUCAAAUCUGGCCAGACCAAGAUCAAGUCGGUGCUGGUGGACUUUCUGGUCAGCGCAGGUAUCAAGCCGACCUCCAUUGUCAGCUACAAUCACCUCGGCAACAACGACGGGAAAAACCUGUCGGCUCCGCAGCAGUUCCGCUCCAAGGAGAUCUCCAAGAGCAAUGUGGUGGAUGAUAUGGUCCAGUCCAACCCCAUACUGUACCAGCCUGGAGAGAAACCUGACCACUGUGUGGUUAUUAAGUACGUCCCUUGUGUGGGAGACAGCAAGCGUGCCAUGGAUGAGUACACUUCAGAAAUAAUGAUGGGAGGAAUCAAUACGAUCGCACUGCACAACACCUGUGAGGACUCUCUGCUAGCCAGCCCAAUCAUUCUAGACCUGGUGAUCCUGACAGAGCUUUGCCAGCGUAUCACUGUCCAGCCUCAGGGGGAGGAGGACUUCCAGUCUUUUCACAGCGUCUUAGCACUGCUCUCCUUUCUCUGUAAAGCCCCUCUGGUCCCAUCGGGGACGCCGGUCGUCAAUGCCUUCUUCCGCCAGAGGGCCAGCAUAGAGAACAUCAUGAGAGCCUGCCUUGGUCUUCCUCCUCAGAACCACAUGCUGCUGGAGCACAAGCUGCAGAGAAACUUCCUGCCUCCACAUGCAACUUACACGAACGGCGAUGUGGCUUCUCUGAAAAAGGUUCCUCUCACCAACGGGAAUCAUAUGCCUCGAACAAAUGGGAUAUAUGCACAUGUGGACGAUGCAGCGUGUGCAUUAUGACACGAAAUAAAACACUGCAGCCCAAAACAACACUGAAACAACAUAUUACCAUGUUUAGUAAGAACAAGGGCCCUGACCGAUUAAGCUACCGUUAGACAAAAACACACUUUGUAAAGUUCCGUAAAAGAUUCAUUUAAAACUGUAAUCUUUCAGCAAGUUUUAGUUCCACAAAGUGCUGCAACAAAACAGGCACAUCAUACAUGGUGUCAGUAUUAAUAUACCUGAUCUAUAUUUACUGACCUUUAACAGAAGUCUACAGUGUGUGAAGCCCAUAGAUUGCAAUCAUCUAUGUCUCUAUACUGUAUAGAAUUUUUCAAGCCAGGCAAUUUUGUUAAAAUAUAUUUCACAGUUUUUAAGGCAAGUAGGUGUGUUAAAUAUUUUGCAAUUGAAAUUGUUUGUUUUGUGUUCUUAUUACAUUUUUAUUUAAGAAUUUUUCAAUGCUCAGUGCAGAUAUAAAGCACACCUGUACAGUGUACUGUAUAUAUCUUUGCACUAGGUUAAUAUGUUUUACAAGUAAACGUGGUACUGAUCUUGAAGUUGUGAGAACGGAUCUUCUAACUGCUGUAUUUGUUGUUGGAAUGUGCGACAUGAGCUUGAAUGAGAGGCAUCUCUCUUAAUUCACUGGGUUGCUGAUGUGUUAAUAUCUAUCGCUGCUUUUUGUAGGCAUACUGAUGUUUUUGUGUGACAUGGGCUAUUUAUAUACAAUAAACAUGUUGUUGUUUGAA